AUGAGUAUGAUUAACUGGUUCGAUGCGAGUUAUAGGUUAGUUGGAGACAUUAUGCUAUUUAUCAUAGCUGCGCUAGGAAUAAGAAACCUAAAAAGCCGCGUAGAUUGGCAAGCUGCCAAGUCCUUCUUCGGCCGCUCCUACAACAAUCUCUCGUCCAUCAGCGACUGCAAGAACAAUGGCGAAUGUAUCAUCAAUAAGAAAAACCGCACCGCCUGCAAAGCCUGCCGCUUGCGCAAAUGCCUACUUGUGGGCAUGUCGAAGAGCGGUUCACGCUAUGGACGCCGCUCCAAUUGGUUCAAAAUUCAUUGCCUGCUGCAAGAGCAGCAUCAGCAGCAACAAGCUGCUGUUGCUGCCGCUGCAGCCGCCGCAGCGCAACAUGGCGGCCCACCGCACAUGCCAGGACAGAAACCACCGCCACCACCUGGCAUGUCGCCACAUGGACCACCUUCCAGCGCUGCCGCAGCCGCCGCUCUUGGCAUGCUGGGUCAUGCAGGCGCAUAUCCUGGGCUUUAUCAACCGCACACGAAAGAGGAGCUACUAAUGCUAGGGCUGGAGGAGUAUGCCGCCGCUGCAGCUGCUGCCAAACAUCCCGCCAACGCUUCGCCAUCCGUCAGCUCGCCCGACUCGCACAACUCGGAUAAUUCUUUGGACGUGAGUACGCGCAUACAUUUAAGUGGUAAACAUGGUGCUGAAGCGGGCGGACCAUCUGGGCCACCGCCCCCACAACUACGCAAAGACUUGCCACAUUUCCUGCCGCUGCCGUUUCCAGGACUCGGUUCUAUGUCGGUUAUGCCUCCACCUGCCUUUCUGCCACACUCGCACCUACUAUUCCCUGGCUAUCAUCCAGCGCUCUACUCGCACCAUCAGGGCCUGCUAAAGACUUCGGCUGAACAGCAGCAACAACAAGCUGCAGCCGCCGCUGCCGCAGUGCAUCAGCUCUUUAACUCAAAUAAUACCGCUCCCAACCGCUUUCCACCAGCGCUACAAACACCCACCACACCAAUAACAGCAGCGGCUGUCAUGGCGUGUAGUAAUAAGCCAGACACUAGCAAGGAAGCUGAGCGUAUCGCACAAAGUCCGAAGAGCGGUGAUGCGCUCAACAAUAAUCACAUACCCAAUGGCAGCAAAGCGGCGGAGGAGCUUACGAAACGCUUCUACUUAGACGCGGUGCUCAAAUCGCAACGCAACAGUCCACCACCGGCGACGACAAAAUUGCCGGAACAUCCGAAACAUGAUUACUCAAUAUCGGCUCUGGUGACACCGAACUCAGAGAGCGGACGCGAACGCCUGCGUAGUCGACAAAGCAUCGAGGAUGAAGAGGACUGCCACAACAGGGAAAAUGAUGCAGCGCGUACCGCAGAAAAAGCGCCAGCUGGCUCUGCUGGGAGUGCGCAUUCAAAUGGUGGUGAUGGUGAAGCUGACUGCGAGCGCUUGGCUAGCAAAGCCCAGAGCGAAGGUGAAGACGAUGAUGAUGAGGAGGAGGAGUUGGUUGUCUCGAUGACACCACCGCGCUCGCCAGAGAAUAAUCGUGCCCUGAGCAGCGUCGAACCCAAUACUACAGCUGUGGCAACUCCUGUUACUACGCCAACGCCAACACAAAUCACCACUCCUGCGUCCACUACGAAGCCAGCGUUACAACAAGAUAAUCCCAUCGACUUGAGCAUGAAGACGAGCAGUUCGGUGGCGAGCAGUUCGCUGAGCAGCAAAUGCAGUUCGACCGGCUCUGUGCAGGCAACCGAUAGCGAUAAUGAGGUGGAGUGUGUGGCGGAGCACGAACAAGAGCAGCGGCACCAGCGUCACGACACCACCGAAAGGCCACGUGAAAAGAUUAGACCGCUUGUAGCUGAAGAAGCGGACGAUGAAUUGCUGCAGGUGGACGUCGAUGAGGUGGAUAAGGUAGCUAGUGCGACGGCUGUGCUUAAGAAAAGUGGUGAUAGCAGCAGUAAUAACAGCAACAACAAUAAAAAUGAUAUUAGCAGUAAAAGUAACAACAACAACAAUAAUACUAGUAGUAGCAAUAACAACAGCAACAACAUUAACAUUAACACUUAUUUUAACUCAACAUACCGUCUGGAGUCUAGCGAUAGCGAGGAGAGCGUUCUCAAGUUGGAUACGAUGAAACGUAAAUUACACUCAGUUCCAGGUAAACAGGCAGAUUGUGGAGUGCAAUAUGCCAAGCGCUUGAAAUUGGCCACUGUACCGGCGCUGGAAUGCGCCGCUAAUGUGAAAUUGGACGUUGGCGGUGGCACAGCGUCUAAAGUUGCCAGCGGUACUUCUUCUGCCACCGCAACAACAACAACAGCGGCGCUGGAUUUGACCACGAAGGUGUAGUGUUGUUUAUAAGUGAAAAUAUUAGUUAAAG